AUGCAGGAUGGCGCUGAUGCGGAUGCCCCUCCCGCGCCUCUGUUCCGGAAGACCUACAGCCUGGAUGCAGAACCCUUCGAGAUCACCAACUGGGCGUCAGACCACCGCCUGGAGCUACCAUUCGAUGACACUGCAAAGCCCGUCCACCGGUGGAAGCUGCGAUGCUGGUCUUCUUCGUGCACUGGGCCGGCAUACAUUUACUCCCCAGACUACUCGCUGGAGGUUGCAGGGGGCAAAGCAUCCCCACGGCUCAUCUUGCAACGACCGCACAAAGAGCUGAACGACGAGCCACAGCCGCUGCUGCAAUUGCUUGACCAGCACAAGCUGGCUGACAUCGAUUGCUCCACGGACGGCGUCUUGACGCCUUUUUGCAACAUGUGCAUGAGGCUGGAGCCCUCAGCGGUGUGCAACGAUCAGAACUUCUGCCAGCCCAGCUUGAACCACUUCACAAUCCGCACCACCUGUCCGAGACCAAAGUAUCUCACGGAAAGCGGCAGCUUGGACUUCCGAUACGUUAUGUUGUGCAAUGGCCCGCUCGUGCAAGCACGGAUGCUGGGCCUCAAAGCCAAUAUCAGUCAAACCUUUCAUGCUGAAACAGAAGCAGCACAGUCCAUGCUUCUAAGCCACGUGCAAUCGUUGCCCCUUCCUCGUAGGUUCGUCCUAGCCAGGUGGGAGGCAAACAAAAUCCACGGGUACGACAGAAAAAAAAAACAUUGUUUGGUUUGGAACUCGUGCUGCAAAGUCGUUAUUGGUAUAGGCGUCUGA